GGGAGACGUGGGCACUGGACAGGACGUGCACUCCGGUCACAGGGGAUACCCUGUGCCCUAGAGAGGGCUUUCUCUGUGCCCCAGCCAGCUGUCGCGGAACCCCGGCCCCCGCCCCGCGCCUCUGGAGGGAGGGCCGCGCGGAGAAGGGGCUUUGCCAAUUGCAAAAGCAGGAAGUGAGCACGAGGAAGAAGCUGCGGAGCCCCGGGAAGAGGAGGUGGAGGUGCUGGUGGAGGAGGUGGUGAAGGUGGAGGUGGAGCAGAAACGUGCAGAGUCGCCUAGGUUUGCUCGAAGCUCAUCUUGGAAGAGCAGGACUUUGUAUUCUGUGGUCCGGCUCUCUGGCCCAUUCCUGGAGGUCGCCCAGCCCGACUCCAACCACUCUCAUCUGUCCCCAUCCCGCCCCCAUGGCUUCUCCGGAGGACCCUCUGCGCGCAGAUCACACGACAAAGGAGCCAGUGGAGGACACAGACCCUAGCACUUUAUCCUUUAACACGUCAGACAAAUAUCCCAUUCAAGAUACAGGACUCCCUAAAGCUGAGGAGUGUGAUACAGUUCUUCUGAACUGCCCGGCAAGCUCUGAUGAGCAGCAUCAGGGAGAAGAAAAUGGCUUUCCAGACAGCACUGGAGAUCCGCUUUCAGAUGUCAGCAACGACAAGCCCUGUCAUGAAAACUGUACUUGUUCCUCCUGCUCACAUCGGGCCCCCACUAUCAGUGACUUGCUCAAUGAUCAGGACGUACUAGAUGUGAUCAGGAUAAAGCUAGAUCCGUGUCACCCAACAGUAAAAAACUGGAGGAAUUUUGCAAGCAAAUGGGGCAUGCCCUAUGAUGAAUUGUGUUUCCUGGAGCAGCGGCCACAGAGUCCCACCUUGGAGUUCUUGCUCCGGAACAGUCAGAGGACGGUGGGCCAGCUGAUGGAGCUCUGCAGGCUCUACCACAGAGCCGACGUGGAGAAGGUUCUGCGAAGGUGGGUGGACGAGGAGUGGCCCAAGCGGGAACGCGGAGACCACCCCAGGCACUUCUAGAUCGCUCUUCUUCCUUCAUUGGCCUCUUCAGAUGUUGAAACAACCCCAGGUCAAAGAGGAAUGUGAAAUCUGUUCUUUUUUCUUUUUUGAGUGUAAGAUAAGGACCUGUUGCCAUGGAUGUUGGUUUUCCCCAAAGCUGAUGUUUUUUGUGGAAGGGUAGGUUUUGUUUUGGUGGUGGAUGUAUGUUUCUUGGUUUUUGCACAUGUAUUUUAAUUUAAUAUUUGAAUCUGGAAUUGGGGGAAAAAUUUUAAAGUUCCUGUAGCAGCUGAAGUCUGCAAUCAGAAUGGAUUCAUACAACAAUGAAAAUGGAGGUGUCCUCUCCUUUAAAUACUGCUGAGGUUUUCCACGGGACCUGAGUUGUUGAUGACUCCAAGCAUACAAUCGCCAUCACACCAAGAUCCAUAGCGACCAAUGGCUUUCCCACUGAAGAAAAUAGCAAUGAGAAGUUAC